UAGUGGUUGGCAUUCAGUAUUCUGUAAGCGUUUCGAGAUGAAGGCAGCUAUUGUUUUGGCACUGAUUAGCUCGGUUUUGGCCGCUCCGCCGGUUCGAGUGCAGCCCAGGCCAGGGUACGCAGCAAAUGUUGACCAGUACGCUCACAUUUUUGCCCAAGUUCGUCCGUCCGGGAAUCACAAGGUGGAAGUGGAAGUGAAACCUGAGGAGUACCAGCCUCUAGCUAACUCUGCCAGCCAUCUGGUGGAACUGGAAGUCCGGCCCGUGGACCAGAAGCCCCCUCAGUUGUUGGAGAUUGAGAUUAAGCAGGAACACCAGCCGCAGCACCAGAAUCCCGCCCAAGGACAUUUUGUGGAACUGGAGUUCCAACAGCAGUCCCCGCAGACGGAGGUGAAGUCUCCCAACCACUUGGUUGAGCUGGAAAUCAAGCCUGUGGAGCCGAAGCCCACCCACUUGGAGAUCGAGAUUAAGCAGCAGCCGCAGCAGGAGAAGGAGCACCACCACCAGGAUCAAAACCUUGCCCAAGGACACCUGGUGCCACUGAAAUCGCACGUGCCUAAGGUGGAAUUCGAGGCAGCCCAUGAUAUGAGGCCCAUGUCUUAACACUUCAGCAGCAGCACUACAAUAGCAGUGGAAAACUGAAAAAUGUAAUACAAAAGUGCAUUAAAUAUGUAUAAUUACAAA